CACACACCAUGUUCGAUGUGAAUAUCAAAUUGCUGAUUGGAUUUAUUAACAAGAUAAAAUUAAAAAUAGUUCGAUUGCCAAUAGGAUUAAUUUUAUAUCAAUAUAACAUCCGGUCAUUGACUAUAAUUUAAAUUAGAUAGUCAUAUUGAAUGCACAUAGAAUGUUAUCUUAAAACGUCAUAUCCGAAUAAUCUUAUUACUUAACUGUCUUUUGUAGUAUAUUAUAAAAUUAAUAUUUCCUGUCUUUAUAUUAUUGCAUUAAAUAUUAAUCAGAAUAUUUUAUUGAAUAAUAACGUAGAUAACAGUCUUUAUUGCUUAUAAUAUAAAAUAGUGAUUAAAAAUGUUCUAUUUAAACUAACGAAAUAACAUGAUUUAAAUAUUAAUCAUUAUUAGUAAGUGUAAUGUUUUUUUGUAUAAUAUAAAAGAAAAUUAUUCUCUUAUGUUUACUAGUAAGGAACAAUUGAUAAAACGUACUGGUAAAAAUUCUAUUGGUCGUUAUGAUUUCUUAAAACUUUUAGCUACAGAAUUUAAAACGACUAAAUCUAAAGAUGCAAAAGAGCAAAUAUUGGCAAAUCUUGCUAAUUUUGCAUAUGAUCCUAUUAAUUAUGGAUAUAUAAGACAAUUAAAAAUAAUCGAUUUGUUUCUUCAUACGUUAUCAGAAGAUAAUUUAAAAUUAAUUCGUUUUGCUGUAGGAGGUAUCUGUAAUAUCUGUGUUGAUCCAAUAAAUAAAUUAUAUAUUUUACGUAACCAAGGUAUUCAAUUAUUAACAUCACUACUUUCUUUACAAGAUGAAGAUACCAUACUUUCAAUAAUUACCACUUUAAUAUUUUUAAUUAAUCCUGACUCUAAAAAUGAAGUAACAACUGAAUUAAUUGAAAAGAUAUCUCAUCUAUCAAGAUCUUCAGAUAUUUUAAAAACUCUAAAAACUGGAAAUGAAAUAUCAGUUUUUAAAACAGUUACAAAGGAUGAUAUAUUAAAUUUUGCUAAAUUAACUGGUGAUUAUAAUCCAAUACAUUUUGAAAUAUCAAAUCAUCUUGUUCAUGGUGCUUUACUUAAUGGUUUAGUAUCAGGAAUACUUGGUACAAAAGUUCCAGGCCCAGGAACUAUAGUAGUUGAGCAAAACUUCAAAUUUCCAGCACCGUGUUAUGCUGGGGAUAUAAUAGAAAUAAAAGUGCAAAUUGUUUCUAUAAGAAAAAUUAUGAAAUGUGAAUAUAUUUGUAUUGCAAAUGGAGAAAAAAUAGUUUUAAAAGGAAAUGCAAAACUAAUUAAAAAGAAUACUUUAAAAAUUUUAACUACUGAAUCUCCAAUUAACUGCAUUUGUGGAAUUUUUUUAAAUGGAGAGUUUAAAAAAGAUAAUAAAGAAUCACUUGAAGGAAAUCCUGCUCUUAUUCAUGGUUUGCCUGGAACAUUUCCAUGUACUCCAAUUGGAAAUAAAAUUUGCAUAAGUAAAUGUUUAGAUACUAUUAUUAAAUAUCUUCCAAAUAGUUCUAAAAUUUUAUGUAGUUCAAUAGAACGUGAUUGUUAUAAGGAAAAGGCUUAUUUAUUUAUUAAAAACUGUAAGAGUGGAUGGAUUAAUACAAAUCUUUCUGCUGGAAGAGAAUAUUGUUGUAAGGAUGGUAGACCAUACAAAUGUCCAGCAUUUUAAAACAAAUAUUUUUUAUAUUUAUUACAAUAUUAUAUUAUUAUAAAUUUUAUACUUCUUCAAUUUAAUAAAAUUAUCCUUGAUUUUA